AUGGGAACUAUUCCGUUUCUGUGUGUUAUUUUCCUGGCAUUAUUGUGUCAAAUGCAAGGGUCCAGUGCUGUGACUCCUGUGUUUGUGCAGAAGGGAAAGGAUGUUCUUCUGAACAACAACAUGACAGCUGAUGUUCCUGAGAACUUUUUUAUUCUUCAAUGGAAAUUCAAUGCAAAUCUUGUUUUAGUAACAUAUUUACCUGAUAAAGAACCAACAGUCUCUCCUGUCUACACUGGAAGGAUUGAGACUGAUGUGAAAAAAUACUCUGUGAAAGUGAAGAAUGUACAAAAGGCAGACAGUGGAGUUUAUACUAUAACAGUGACAGGAACUGCAAGAACACAAAUACUAGCUGAAUACGAUGUCAGAGUUCAAGGUCCAGUGUCUCCAGUUGAACUGUCAGUGGACUCUGCGUCCAGCAUCUCAGACUCCUGUAACCUCACUGUGACCUGCAGAACACAGGACUCUAACAUCAGCAGCACUUUCACAUGUGACAACCAAACCUGCAGUCAGGAGGGAGGAGAGCAACCAGAGGUCACAACCUCUGGUGCUUCUCUACAUGUCUACCUGCUGAAUGACUCAAUCAUCUGUAACCAUAGCAACCAGGUCAGCUGGACCAAGGACGGUAAUGAGACAAAAUCUUUCUGUGCAGUUCGUAAUGGAGCCAUCAGAUUUGGAAUUGCGAUUUGGACUGGCAUCACUGUUGGCCUUGUCACUCUCUGCAUUUGCCUCUUCAUAAAAUGACAUCAAAUCAACCCAAACUGAGUCAGUCCAGUCCUACAUACAUUUUGUCAAGUCUGUCUCCAACCUCCACCUACUCCCUGUUAAAUGUUUUACACUGGACCUGCAGAAUCUGCUAGGACCAGAGACACCACCUCACCAGACACUGUGUACGCUCAGGUAGACAGAUCUGCCAAGUCCAACUAAGGAAUUCCCACCCCAGCAACACCCAGAGCUGGAAAUUAAUGAUAGCAUGUCAAGCACUGAAGUUUUGAUUUCCAUGAACUGUAAUCCAUAUUCUUCAAGAUUAAAACAAAAGAGGCUUGAAAUGUUUAA